AUGUUGGCUGUUUCAAGAGGUUCAAUUAGAAUUUCACGUUGCCGAGGUAUGGCCACGGUCUCCUCUAGGCUCACUAGAGAUUCCAAGGUCCAUAUGAACAAUUUGGAAGAUCACUCUUUCAUCAAUUACAAGAAAAAUAUUGAUAACUUGGCUAUCAUAAGAAGAAGACUCAACAGACCUUUGACUUAUGCUGAGAAGAUUUUGUACUCGCAUUUGGAUGAUCCUGAAAACCAGGAAAUUGAAAGAGGUAAGUCCUACUUGAAGUUACGUCCAGACAGAGUUGCUUGUCAAGAUGCAACUGCUCAGAUGGCUAUCUUGCAGUUUAUAUCUGCUGGCUUGCCUUCGGUUGCCACUCCGGCCACUGUUCACUGUGAUCACUUGAUUCAGGCCCAAAAGUCCGGACCCGAGGAUUUGGUCAGGGCUAAGAAGAUGAACAAGGAGGUGUUUGAAUUCUUGGCUUCUGCCUGUGCUAAGUACAAUAUUGGUUUCUGGGGACCUGGUUCCGGUAUUAUUCACCAGAUCUUACUAGAGAACUAUGCUUUCCCAGGUGCCUUGUUUAUUGGUACUGAUUCACAUACUCCGAAUGCAGGUGGUUUGGGUCAAUUGGCAAUUGGUGUUGGUGGUGCCGAUGCCGUCGAUGUCCUAGCUGGUCAGUCUUGGGAAUUGAAGGCUCCAAAAUUCAUUGGUGUCAAGUUGACUGGUAGAAUGUCUGGCUGGACUUCUCCUAAGGAUAUUAUUUUGAAACUUGCUGGUAUUACUACCGUCAAAGGUGGUACUGGUGCCAUUGUCGAGUACUUUGGUGACGGUAUUAAUACCUUCUCUUGUACCGGUAUGGCCACUAUUUGCAAUAUGGGUGCUGAAAUCGGUGCUACUACCUCGGUUUUCCCAUUUAACAACUCUAUGGUUGAAUUCUUGAACGCUACUGACCGUUCGGAUAUCGCUGAUUUUGCAAAGUUGUAUCAACAUGACUACUUGUCCGCGGAUAAAGGUUGUGAGUACGAUCAAGUCAUUGAAAUCGACUUGAACAACUUGGAGCCUUACGUUAACGGUCCAUUCACCCCAGAUCUUGCCACACCGGUCUCCAAGAUGAAGGAUGUUGCCCCAGUUAAGGGAUGGCCCACCGAUGUCAGAGUCGGAUUGAUUGGUUCUUGCACUAACUCCUCUUACGAGGACAUGUCUCGUGCUGCAUCCAUCAUUGAGGACGCUAAGAAGCACGGUUUGAAAGCCAAGACCUUGUUCACAGUGACUCCAGGUUCGGAGCAAGUGAGAGCCACCAUUGAGAGAGAUGGCUUUUUGCAUACUUUUGAGGAAUUUGGUGGUAAGGUUUUGGCCAAUGCUUGUGGUCCAUGUAUUGGUCAAUGGGAUAGACAAGAUAUCAAAAAGGGAGAGAAGAAUACCAUUGUUUCUUCUUUCAACAGAAACUUUACAUCCAGAAAUGAUGGUAACCCACAGACUCAUGCGUUUGUUGCCUCUCCCGAAAUGGUUGUUGCCUAUGCCAUCUCCGGGGACUUGAGAUUCAACCCGGUGUCUGAUACCUUGUUGGGUGCUGACGGAAAAGAGUUCAAAUUGCAGCCACCGGAAGGAGAAGGAUUGCCUGCAAAGGGUUAUGACAAGGGUAAGGACACAUACCAGGCACCACCUGCUGACAGAUCUAGCGUUCGCGUUGCUAUUGCCCCAACCUCUGACAGAUUACAGCAAUUGACUCCUUUCAAACCUUGGAAUGGAAAGGAUGCUAAAAACAUGCCUAUCUUGAUCAAGUCGUUUGGAAAGACCACCACUGAUCACAUCUCUAUGGCUGGACCAUGGUUGAAGUACCGUGGCCACUUGCAAAACAUUUCUAACAACUACAUGAUUGGUGCAAUCAAUAUUGUUAACAAGGAGGCCAACAAUAUCCAGAAUCAUUACAAUGGUGCAUGGGGAGGAGUUCCAGAUACUGCAGCAUGGUACAGAGACCAUGGCCACAAGUGGGUUGUCAUUGGAGGAGAAAACUUUGGAGAAGGUUCGUCCAGAGAGCAUGCUGCUUUGGAACCAAGAUUCUUGGGAGGUUUUGCUAUUGUGACCAAAUCGUUUGCCAGAAUUCACGAGACCAACUUGAAGAAGCAAGGUCUACUUGCCUUAAACUUCAAGAAUCCAGAAGACUAUGAUAAGAUUAACCCAGACGAUGAAAUGGAUAUUGUUGGCUUGGCUAGCUUUGCCCCAGGUAAAGACUUGACGAUGGUUGUUCAUCCAAAGAACGGUUCCGCCUGGAAAUGUCCAUUGACUCACUCUUUCAACAAGGAACAGAUUGAGUGGUUCAAGGCUGGUUCUGCAUUGAACAGAAUGAAGAAUGUGUUUGCUGCUGAAAAGGCUGAUCGCAACUAG